CUUCUUCGUUUCUCUGCAGGAUGGAAACGCUGAAGUCACCAAUGCUCAGAUUCUUUCCUACGGAGUCAUUGGAGGAAAUGUUACAGUUCCUCUUGUUUUUCAAUCAUCAGGAACAUGGAAGAUGUUCUGCAGAGAAGAUUGUGAAGGAGAAAACAUUCUCAUUAAAACAACUGAUGUCAGAGCUCAAACAGGCAGAUACAGCAUUGAAUAUAAAAGAGAAUCAACAGUUUAUGUUUUAUCUGUGAGCAUCUCAAAGCUGACUGAGUCUGACUCUGGACAGUACAGCUGUGGUUUGGGUGGAUCUUCAUCAUCAGCUUCAUACGAACGGUUUGGAAUCGUUGUUGCUGAAGCACUGCUGGACGGAAACGAUUCUGCUCAGCUGAAACACUUCGAUAAAGAAACUGGAAGCUCUCUCACAGUCGGAUGUUCCUUUAAACAACCUGAAAACAGAGCGUUGUUCUGCAGGGGAGAAUGUGGAGGAAACAAUACUCUUGUUCAAACAGAUGAUGUCAAAGCUCAAAGAGGCAAAUACAACAUUGGAUAUGCUUCACAUACAGAUCCAGGAGUUCUGUAUGUGAGCAUCACACAGCUGACCAAGUCUGACUCAGGACGGUACAGAUGUUUACUGAGUGGAUCUUCCAGCAGCUCAUUCAGAGAGUUUGAGGUCACUGUCACAGAUGUCAUCCCAUCAUUAACUGGACAGAACCAGUAUGGGCUGUAUGUGGGUCUGACUCUGACUGUCACCAUCAUCCUGGUCUCAGUGUCUGUGCUGAUAUUCUACAAGAAAAGAUCCUCUAAACGAAAAGGGACCCUGGGUCUGACAGUUACUCGUUGA